CCCGCAAGCGGGAGCAGCGGCCCCGCUGCCUCGGGUAGCGCCGGGGAGCCCUGUGAGACCCGCCUUGACCUCGCGGCCCGGCCGCCCCGGCACCCCGCCGCCAUGUCGGUGGAUCCCAUGGCCUACGAGACGCAGUUCUUCGGGUUCACGCCCCAGACGUGCAUGCUGCGCUUCUACAUCGCCUUCCAGGACUACCUCUUCGAAGUGAUGCUGGUGGUGGAGGGCGUGAUGCUUAAGAAGCUGGACAGCAUCCCCGGCUGCAAAGUCAGCCCUUCCCAGAUCCGGAAAUGCACCGAGAAAUUCCUGGUCUUCAUGAAGGAGCACUUAGAUAAACUCUUCGCUAAAAUGGAAGAAGUGGUGCUGCAGCUGGUGAUGAACAUCCCUAAGAACGUGCUGCUGCCCGAGGACAGGGUGCAGGAGCAGUAUCCCUACAGCAAGGAGGAAUUCCAGGCGCUGCAGGACGAGCUGCAGCAGCUGCAGCAGCAGUGCAGGGCAGAGGCGGUCGUGGAGCAGGCGCUGCGAGCAGAGCUGGAGGAACAGAAAGUUGUCACGGCUGAGCUGGAGAAGAUUUUGCAGUGCUUUGAUGGGCUUGAGAAUAUCUGCAGGGAGCACGGGGCCAGCAACUUCAAGGAAAGCUUUGCCCUCCUGAUGCAGAGCUCUAAGAAACUGCAGGAUGUGCUGAAAGAUGUUGAGGAGAAGAGCAAAAAAAUGAAGCAGCGUGAUCAGUUAAUGUAAUGGAAAUUCUGAAAAGGCAACAGAUGUCAUACAGAGAGCUUGCUUAAAAUUACAGGGGCUUAUCUUUCCCUUACUCCACUCAUCCUGCCAGGAUUUGGUCUAAAAACUGUUAGCUAAGCCUGUAAAAUGUAACUCAGAUUGUUAACUUCCUAAGUUCUUCCUAAAUUUUGGCUUGCAUAAGGAACGUUUGAAAACACUGCAUGUUACCUUUGAACACGGUGUAGCACUUGCCCAUUUUAAGGAUUAUAAAAACAAAGCCUCGCUAAGACUUGUAGGAAUGUGUAGGUGGUUUCCAGCCUGAGGCCGGUGCAGGCUCAGUGAGGACAUGGGGACUUUGCCAGGAGCUGCCUGCCCAUGGCUGUGGUGCCUUUCACUAUGUUUGGAAAGCCAGCAAGGAGGAAGUGCAGGGAGAAGGAUGACACUGACGCUGUUGACAAGGUUCUGAUGAGAUAUGUUGGCAUCAAACCAAGUUUUAGCCCAGUUUCUGGAAUCUCAGGGUUCCUCACCACUACACCUGUGAUUGUGUUUCAGCACAUAUCUGCUGCUCCACAGAGCAGAAGCCACUGGAGGAAAUGAGUAAUUCCAUCACUUUGUCCUGCUUCACCUUAAGUUGCUUUAUAUAUAUAUAUUUUUUGUUUGUUUUUUGUUGUUGUUGUACAGUGUCUGUUUUCUACUAAAUAACAAAGUUCCUUCUAUUAAUGUUUAAUCAGAUUUUCUUGUGAAAAUGUUAUGAAUACUGAUAAUCUCGUGUCUUCAUUAAACUUAUUCUCUCUGUACUUAAUUCGAAA